UCGGCACUUCCUCCGUUGCCUAUUGAUUACAAAACCUAGUUGUGCAUGUUAGUCGCGACCGCAAACCCAACAGCGUCACAAGCCGAUAUCGAUGCCAACACUCAUUGACAUUCCCGUGGAGCUUCUUGAAGAUGCGCUGUCACCGCUAUCGAUCUCGGACCUCUACAGCCUGAGUCGUACCUGUAAGGCUCUUCGCAGGUAUCUCUCCCCCCGCAUCUACCAUACAAUUGACUGGUCUUGGACGGACGGCCAACCGUGUCCGCCCUACGGUCUGUUGCUUCGCACGUUGCUCGGUCACGCUGCAUUGGCAAGCUACAUCAAAGUUAUCAGAUUGCGUGGUGGUGGAAUCAUAAACAGCACGGGCUUGCAGGAAAGCAGUUGUGACGAAUAUUACUCCUCUGACGAACUCUUCAAACCAUCAAGGAGUAUAUGGAGCGAUGGUCGUCAAGUAAAAUCUGUGUUCGGACCUACGAGCAUGCGGAAGGUCGGCAAUCUUAUCUCGACCAUUGCAUCUACUGAUGCACCCGAACACGAAUGGAAAAAGGAGUUUGAGCGAGGUAACAUUGAUGUCAUUACCAAAGAUUUUCAUUCACGGCCGCGUUUAAGCAAAGCUCUAGCACACGUGAAGAACACUCUCGAGAGCUUGGUGCUUAAGGUGCGAUUCGAGUGCGACAUGUGGCGCGAAAUCAAAGACCCAUGGGGUGACUAUCAUCUCUGUGGGCUGGUGGGUCGCGUUACGGGCAUAAACGAAAUGCCAAAACUGACGAACUUGGAAGUCUCCUGGGCCCUUCUUCUUGGUUGGAACCCAUAUCUUGGGAGGGGUCGAGCCGGCGAUGAUUCUCACUCCAAUCUGCCGAAAUCUUUUAUGCAUGAUGCAGACAUAGGCCAGUUCCCUUGGUCGACGAUUCUACCACCCUCAAUUGAGACCGUUUGCUUCCGAGACGAUCUAAGUGACUUCACGCACUAUACGUUCGAAAGAAGUAGUGUAAUCAAUCUCGUGGAACACCUCCUCAAAUCUCGCGAUGACCACUUUGAAGCUCUAGUUCGCGUGGACUUUUUCUGCAUAUGGAAUCGUCGAUGUCAUUGCGUAACAUGGUCCAAGGCAGAGAUGAUGGAAUUGCUGGAUGUAUGUGAGCGAGCUAGUGUUAAGUGUGAAAUCUUCCAGGAACAGCGUGUGGAAGGAACGGCCGACAUGGUUGAUGUGAAAGUCCUUGAAACAUUGCCUGAUUCUUGA